AUGCUGGAGCCGACACGUCUCAACUUCACUGGCGACGAAAGCCACAACGGAGGAAAUGGCUCCCCGCUGCGCAGCGCUGCCGAGCCCGCCUCGCCCCAGACGGUCCAAGCUCGGCGCACCGUCGACAUCUCCGCCGAGCGCGCCGACUUUGAUGCUGCGUGGAGGGUCAGUACUGCCGCUCUCGAAGCCGCCCGCCAGAUGGUGCCCGACACACGAGACCAGAACGGCCCACCCUUCUCGGCGGCGCAGCUACAAGACUGGGGCGAGCACUGCACCAAGCCGGAUGCGGUCCUUCCGUCGGCCACGUCGCUGCUCCACAUGACACGCACCACGCUCGCCCUGCUCGAGCGCCACCAUCGCCAAGCUUGCAUGUCUCCGCAGCCCUCGCCUGGCCUUCUUCGGUGCACGCCGGCAGAUCAAGUCACCAGCCUCGGCGCGUCGCCGCACUGGCUCGAGGCUGUGCGUGGGCGCCACUCGCUGCGCGCCCUCGCAGAGCAGCUGCAAGAGAUCCCCGAGGCCUGCUUCGGCUCGCUCUCCGACCUGGAAGAGGUGCGUCGAGCCUACGUGCCGGUGCGCCGGGUUCAUCAGCGCCGCAAGGCCCUCGGAGAGUUGGAGCAGCACCUUCAGUGCUGCGAGUCGGACCAAGGCCCGCCAUCCCUCGACGAGCCUCGCUGGGCUAUCGCGCAGUCGAGCGGCCGUCUGCACGCCUCAAUCGAGGCCGCCUACUGCGCGGGCUUGACGGCGGACGAUCCGACCGAGGGCGAGGCGAUGCCGGGGCCUGCCUCACAUCCUCACGCGCCAAGCGCGCCCUACAUUGAGCUCUGCCUCCGGGUGACCUCGGUGGCCUUGGCUGGAUCCGUGUUUGUGGAGCGGGUCACGCUCACCGAGGAGCUUGGCGCGGUCCCGACUCGCUCUCGACUCGAUGCACUCGUGGCAGAGGUGGCGUCGCGCGACGUCUACUUUUCGCCACCGGUCGCCCUGCGCGAGCGCGGCACCUACCUCGAGUUCCGCACAAAGCUGCCGGCACUGCCGUCGGAGCACCCGGCCGCAGUGCCAAUCUUCUCGGUCGUGGACGUGAAAGAGCUCUGA